CAGGGUUGUUAGGGAAUCAUAUGAUUGAAAAUUCUGGGUCGGUGCAAUAGGUAAAUAAGCAAUUAAAAGCAGUUUGAUAACAAAGAAUGGCGUUGAAUAAGAGCGAAAAAGAGGCAGCCGGGCAGCUAAUGGAUGCUUUGUACCUGGACAUGUUCCACCUGAUCGAGGAGCACACCCAGAGCCGGGUUAAUCUGGAAAGAGCGAACGCCAGCGGGGCCAUUCUAUUGGCCCGUACGCGAUUCCAGCACGGAGGCAGUAACUCCGUGUCCACGGCGCAGAUUCCCACGGAGAACAGUGCCGAGUUCAACGCCCUGUGUCGCGUUGUCGACUCUGGAGACGGUCGGGGGAUCAGCAUUGAGCGUCAGCCGGUUGACAAGUCCAAUGGCUACGUGGAGCCCCUGCACUGGUUCUCGGUUCUUCCUCCCAUGAGUUUACGAAAUGCGGUGUCCAAGUUCAAGGAUUGUGUCGAGCUGGUGGCAGAGAGCACAAACCUGCAGCGGCAACUGUGUGAUGUCCUGGACUGGAUCACCAAGUUGCGUCAGACUCCGCUGAUAAAGUAGAUAAUAAUAAAAAUAAAGUAGAAUUUCGGACCCGUCAAGUAUUUCCAUUGAAGAAUAAUGUUAACCAAUGCCAUUAAUGUUUUACUUAAUAUUCUUAAUUAUAUUCGAGUAAGAGCA